AGAAUUGAAUCAGUGUAAUUGAUCUCUUAAUAUUUAUGUCGCAGGCGACACAUACUUUUGUUCAUAGUUUAAAUUGCAGGGAUAAUAAUUGUAAAGGCUCUUGUCGAAGCCCGGCUCAAUAUUCAUCGCAAUCAUUUCCUAAGGCUCCACCACUUGUUUAUGAAAAAACAGGCUAUGAAUCAUGGGAAAAAAAUCAUAAUGACAAUAUGAAUUAUCAUACAUAUCAAAUGAAUUAUGUUCCUCCGGAUAAAAAUGUUCCUUAUCUUUUAUUGCCUGCUAGAUUGUCACUUAUUUGGGUUAAUAAAUGGACAAUUGCUUUAAUUAUUCUUUUUGUUCGGCUCCUUUUCUUUUUAAUUUCUUUUAAAAAAGAUAUGGUCAAUGCUGAAGAGAAAAUGCAUGAUGCGUAUACUAUUAUACAGUAUACUGCCAAUUCUUUAGUACUUAUGCCUCGUUCAACAGCAAUAGGAACAAAUAAAGUGAUUGCACUUGGUAUUGAGAAUAGUGUUAGGGCUUUAAAUAAAACUUUAAUACUUAUUAUCUUGGGUGUACAACAUAUUAUUUUGUUUUUCAUUGAAAUGAUUAUACAUACUUGGACAUGUCUUUUAGAGCUCUCUAUUCAAGGCGGGAUAAAGAUUAUAGCAGAUGUUGUGGAAAAAAUCUCAAAGUUUGUUAAUAAAGUACUUAAGUCUAUUGAAAAAGAUAUUCUUGCUGGAAUCCAAGAAAUAAAUAAAGGAAUCGCUUCUAUUUUAAAUACUAUUGAAAAAACAGCAAAGAUUUUAGGAAAAAAUAUUAAAGUUCCUACUCUAUCUAUCCCAAUUGAAGAAAAAAUUUCUAAUUUUAGUAUUCCGAAUAAUUAUGAUGAUGAGUUAAGAAAGCUUGGAGAUAGAAUUUCCUUAGAGCCUUUAAAAAAUACAGUGAAGAGCUCAAUUGCAAUUCCUUUUUAUGAAUUAAGGAAACUUAUUAAUAAUACACUUUCAAAUUAUUCUUUUGAUUCUUCGCUUUUGCCUGUGCCUUCUGUUGAUGAAUUUGCAAUUUAUUCAGAUAAUGGGGAUAUUGACAAAGUUUUUAAAAGGCUUUCUAAUGAUAUUUACACUGCUGUUCACAGUAUUUUGCUUGUUUUAGUAAUAUUGGCUAUAUUAGCUAUAGUUCCUUUUGCUAUUAAAGAAUGGUGGAAUUGGAAGAGAUUGCAAUCAAAAGCUGCUAUGGUUUGGUCAAUUUUUUCAAUUACUAAAACAUUUGAUCCUACAGAAUUUAUUCUUACAGUUGCCUAUCCAUGGUCAACAUUGUUAGGUCUAAAAUUUUCUUCUGCUUUUCGAAAUCAACAUCAUAAGAUUUUAAUACGAUGGUUUAUAUCGUAUAUUUUUCAUCCAUCAUCUUUGUUUGUACUAUUUCUUGGGAUUUUAGGGUUUAUAAGUUGUGGACUUCAAAUGAUUCUUUUGUCUAUAAUGAAAAAGAGUUUACUUAGCUCGCCAGAAGAAAACGUUCCGCUGAAUGUUUCUGAGAAACUUCAAGCUGCGUCUUUGAAGUGGUCAAAUGAUGUGAAUAAUGUUUUAAAUCAAACAGCUGUUGAUCUAAAUAGUCAUAUCUUUGGGUGGGUUUAUGCAAGUACUCAGUCUAUAAAUAAUACUUUAAAUGUUUUUAUGGAGACUACAACAGAUAGCUUUAAGAAAAUAUUUGGAGGUACAGUUUUAUAUCAACCUAUUCUUGGUGUUUUAGAUUGCAUGCUUUUUAUAAAACUUAGAGGAAUAGAGAAAGGACUAACAUGGAUACAUCAAAAUGCUCGUAUAUCAUCACCAAUUAUUCCAAAUAAUAUUUUAACUUCUUUUGUUGAAAAUUCUACAUCUCAUACAGAUUUUGUAAGUGCUGCUAAGAGUUUAAAUCAGAAAUUUUAUUCAAUUUUGAAUACUUUAAUUGCUGGUUAUGAAAAAUCUAUAAUUUUUGAAGCUAAAAUAUCUUUUGUAUUGGUGUCCGCUUGGAUAUUAAUAUUUGUUUUGGGUCUUCUUAGAAUUAUUUUUGCUCGAAAACCUGUUGUAAGAGGAUUAGGUGGAGGACCAUAUUCAGAAUUUCCUUCAAGAGCUAUUUCAAAUCCUAUUUUUAAGAAUAAAGAUGAAUAUGAUUAUAUUCCAUCAAGUGCUCCGCGAUAUACAGCAGAUCCUGCUAAAAAUGCUAAAAUUCCUCCCGAAUUUUCUAAAGGGCCUUUUAUAGUUGAUGAUAAUAUUUCAGAUUUUGCAAAAUAUGAGCCUUCUGGUGCGGUUGUAGAACAAUAUAAAUCAAAAAACGAUAAAUAUCGGAAUAGAAAUCUUUAA